AUGGCAUCAAUGUGGGUGAUGUUGAUGGGUCGGAAGAGGUACGACUCCCAGUGGAAGGAGGUGAGGAUCAUCAAUGGCUAUGCCGUCCUCGUCGUGUAUGUCUUCGACGCCAUCAGAGGGGUCGGCUACCUGGUGGUCAUGUGGGCCACAGUGGUGCUCCUCGGCGGCUUCGUCUCCAUGAUCGACAAGGUGGAUUUCGGGCGGCUCACGCUGAUUACCCUCAUAGAGCUGCUCUGGAUAAACGCCUCUUUCCUUGAAAGGAUAAGAUCUGCUGCUGACCUAUUGUCGAGCUUCAAGGCGGCGAAAAACCUGCUGACACGCAGCUGGCAGCUUGGCAAUAACGCGCGCAACCAUCACCAGGAGCCGCGAGGCAUCAAACGAGAUGCGCUGGCGCUACUUGUGGCGGCGAGAUGGGCACUGGCGCUGGUUCACAGUGUGGUGUUGAGCUUCUGCAUUGCCUCUGUGAUGUGUCCCUUGUUGUUUGGACUGUUGAUCACCACCUUGAUUUCGAUACUCGGUCUAAUUAGAGAUGACCAUUACGGCGACACGGGGGAGGGCAGAGUAAACAUGGACCCGGCACACAAUAUCCUGUAUGUCCUGUGUCUAGCCCAAGGUGCCUUGUUCAUGUAUAGAAUCGCCCUGUUCCUCUCGAGGGAGAGGAUAGUGAAGAAAGUGAGCCGAGCAUAUGGCUUCCAAGAUGAUGGCCAUGCAGUUUCGUGCUACUUGGAUGAGAUCAGGAAAGGAUACUCCAAGAAGAUAUCAUCCGCCGGAGAACGAAACCUCAUCACAUAUGCGAUAGAGCUAAUGGAGUCCAAGUCGCCCCGUAGCUGCCUUUCCGGGGUGCUGAUACUGGACAGACUACUCACCCGGAAGCAUCCAGAUGAGAUCAAAGCUCCUGAUUUGCCAAAACAGCAUGAACCAUCAGAUUUAUCGGAAAUGGCUGGAGCUCCUUUGGUUGAAAAGGUUAUGAAGAAUAAGAAGCAGAGGAAAAAGAAGAGGGAGGAGAUAAGGGAGAAGAGGGGUGAGUGGAGAAAGAAGAGGCAGCAGAAUCAGCAAACAGUGGAGGAGAUCAUCGUGGUGCAGCGCAGGAUGAUAAGGCGGCUCAUCGCAUAUGCUGGAUUCGUGGCGCCCAUUUGA